CCCACCCAGAAAGCCACUUCCUGCUCACUUGUCUGUGGUUUUGAUGACAAGCACACAGAAGAAUAUUCUUAAAAAUAAGUAAAUAUCAAAAAAAGGGGCGGGGGGCAUAGAAAAAGGAAAAGUCGGUCAACCGGCCCAGCAAAGAAGAGGCGAGUGAAGUAAAAGUGAUGGAGCCUCAACAGAUAAGAGAGGGUUACUUGGUCAAAAAGAGCUCACUGUUAAAUUACUGGACUACUGUGUGGGCGGUCCUGUCUGACGACGGGCUGGAUUUCUACAAGAAGAAAACAGCUCAGUCUCCCAAAGGGAUGAUCCCACUGAAGGGGGCCACCAUUAUCAGUCCUUGUCAGGACUGUGGCAACCGAAUGUUGGUGUUCAAGAUCACCACACAGAAGAAUCGGGAGCAUUUCUUCCAAGCGUCACACACAGAGGAGAGGGAAUUGUGGGUGAAGGACAUCAAGAGGGCGCUUCAGUGCCUGCAAGGGGGCAAGAAGUUCGCCAGAAAGUCCACCAGACGCUCCAUUCGCCUGCCCGACACAGUCAACCUGACUGAGCUGUACAAUCAACUGAGGGACCAGGAUGAAGGGGUGAAGGAAUUGAAACUGGAGCGAGAGAAAAGAAUCUUCAACCACUGCUUCACUGGUUCCACAGUGUUGGAGUGGCUCAUAUCCAAGCAGAAAGCCAGGAACAGGCCCGAGGCGCUUAUGUUAGCUACGGGGCUUCUGAACGAGGGCUACCUGCAGCCCGCCGGCGAUCUUUCAAAGGAGGGAGCGGUGAGCAGUGAGAAGUCCGUCUUCUUGGAUCAGAUCGAGGCUUUUUACUACUUUGCAGACAGCGGCUUUUUCUGCGAAAGCUACUCCAGUGACGAGGACACUCUUGUCAAGGAAGAAUUCAGAGGGAAUAUCGUCAAACAAGGCUGUUUGCUAAAACAGGGCCACAAGAGAAAAAACUGGAAAGUCCGGAAAUUCAUUUUGAGGAACGACCCUGCCUACAUGCAUUAUUACGACCCCACCAAGGGUGCUGACCCAUUGGGGUCCAUCUAUCUGCGAGGGUCCGUGGUCACGGCUGUGGAUUUCGCCCCUGAUGCCAAAAGAUACGACGUUGACGGCAACUUGUUUGAGAUCAUCACCUCUGAUGAAACGCAGUACUUCCUGCAGGCGGCCACUGCCGAAGAGCGAAAGGAGUGGAUCGAAGCCGUGCAAGAAGUGGCCAAAAGUGGAAAGUAGUAUUGAUCUGCAGGCUCUUUGUAAAGGAUGGAAAAGUGUGUGCAUUUAGUCACAAUUAAAUGGCAUGUAGCCAGCUUACUUAAUGGUUGUAUUCUAGUCAUUUGAAAAUUGUAGUCAUAGAAGCCUUGUGCCUUUUAUUGAGCCUCAUUUUUGCCUCGUGGAAUUAAAAAUAGUCUUAUCAUAUAACCACAUGCAUGUUCGCAGUUCCUGCUUGGGAAGUGGGAGUGUAUUAACAUUUUAUUUUAACGAUUAAGAAGAAGACAAUGCUUGGGUUGCUCUGUGUUAAAUAUAGUUCAUAUUUCCAGCAAAAAGCAAUAUUGUUUUUUUCAACAUUGUAUAAUUUAGUGUGGUCAAUUUAUGUUCACUUUUGUUGAAUUAAAAGCACAAAUAAUUGCUA